AUGGCCUCCCUUGACGAGUACUCCGUCGGGUGGGUUUGUACACUGCCCAUCGAGGUAGAGGCUGCCAAAGCUUCGUUCGACUGCAUUCAUGAGAACUUGCUACCCCCGGAUCUGAACCUCAACAACAACAACAACAACAACUAUAUUCUAGGAAGUCUUCAAGGCCAUAAGGUCGUACUGGCCUUUCCAAAUUGCCGCGCGUGUGAUGAUGGUGAAGAAGAUGAUAAACCCUCCUUAGCGGAUGUUGCCACGCAGUUACAGGCAAACUUCACAGCUGUCCGGAUCAUUCUUGUGGUUGGUAUUGCGGGUGCGGCUCCAAAGACGAACGAGGAUAUUCGUCUUGGUGAUAUUGUUGUAAGCAAUUCGGCAGUCGGUCUGCCGAGUGCCAUUCAGUAUGCCGCGAACGAAGAGCAUAUGGAAGAUCGACAUCUUCGUGAUAGAGCGCUAGGACGGCCGACUUCAUCACUGCUUCUCACAGCAACGAGGAAAGCCGAGACAGCCGCCAUCUUCGGUGACAGUAAGAUAGACCAGUACCUCGGCGACAUUGUACGCAAAGACCCCGUCGUUUUCUCCCGCCCAGGUCCCGAACCAGACCUUCUCUUCCAGCCGAAUUAUGAUCAGACAACUACUGAUUACAGAGAAAGCGCGCGCAGAGAUUGCGACCCGGGGGAAGACCGGUCCCGGCAGCCUCGGGAGACACAGGGACCUACAGUGCAUUAUGGCCUUAUCGCCUCCGGUCAUCAUGCGGUGCGCCACGGAACAACUAGAGACACAUUGCCGUACAAACAAAACGUGCUGUGUUCCGAGACAGGUGGGACCGGCUUGAAGGAUGCUGCUCAAUACCUGAUUAUCCGAGGAAUCUGCAACUUUGCAGAUUCGCAUCGCUCGAAGCUCUGGCACCCCUAUGCCGCAGUGACUGCAGCAGCGUACGCAAAGGAGGUCCUUUCGUUCAUACCCAAAGUCUCCAAGACAGUACCUCUGACACCCAACCCCGAGGCUGGGCCCAUUCUCAGCGCUUUGCUCUUGACCAGACCAGAGGUUGAUCGAAAGUCGCUGAUUGUAUUGAAAGGGCGCAGAGCCGACGGCACGUGCAAAUGGCUCCCACAGCAUCCACGCUAUCGGGAGUGGUUGUCAAACCCAAAUCAACCACUGCUUUGGAUCUCGGGUGGCCCCGGAAAAGGAAAAACCAUGUUGGCGAUCUAUAUUACAGAAGUACUAGAGUCGGUUGGUGGUGGUGGUGGUAUCACUGGUGAUGUUCUUCUCUACUACUUCUGUAGUAACCGCGAUAAGAAUCGGAAUUCGGCCUUGACCAUACUGAGAGGUCUCAUACAUCACUUUGUCGCCCUGUGGAGUGUGAAAGAACUGCUCGGCCAGUUUCUCGAUGCCGUUGGGAACUAUUUGUCAGAAGCCCCAAAAUUGGGAAGGCCACGACUGAAGCUUAUUUUGCUCUCCCGGCCCCAUCCAGCUAUUUCGGGGAGCAGACUCGGCCAGUAUCUGCACAUCAAAUUGGACGACUCCAACGCGGAUACAGCAGAUGACGUCAAGAGGUACAUCACCGCCAAAGUCACCGAACUGGCAACUGAACAGAAUCUCUCCGACGAAAUGAUUGCGCAAGUUCGGCAGGCAUUAUUGGCCGGCGCCGAUGGCACCUUCUUGAGUUGGGACAGAAUCAACGAAAUCAUCCACCGGAUUCCUAAAGGCCUAGCUGGAGUAUAUCAACGGAUGCUCCAGCAAAUUAACGACAAGGAAGCGCUGGUGCCCAUUCUUCAGUGGGUGGUUCUCGCUGCCCGGCCCCUCACAAUUGACGAAUUGACAGCGGCCACGGACAUCAAGGCAUCCGAUACCCUUACUGCAGCCGAUGUGACCAAGGGGGAUGUUGUGAACCUGGUCCACCAGUCGGCGAAAGAAUUCUUCCAGAGCAACCAGGUCAACGUCAAAGGAAUCAGCAUGUUCUACAUGGACGAGAGCACCCACAAGAGUCUCAUGCGGACCUGCCUCGCACACGUCGAGCAUAGUUACCUCUCCACCGGAGCGACCGAUGAGAGCUUCAACCGCAGUCCACUCUUCCUUUAUGCUGCUCAAUACUGGCCGGUGCAUUUCUAUCACGCGAAUGACGCGGUUCAAGGCCCGUCCGAGUUCUCACGUCCCUGGUGGAGAUUCUAUUGGGAGCAGGAGAGGAACGGCGGAAACGCGCCCGCGUUCACGCUCCUUCAUCUCGCUGCGUAUCUUGGCAACCAUGUCCGCCUCGUUUCGCGCAAGGAUAACUACGGCCGAACGCCGCUGUGCUGGGCCCUGCUUCUCGAUCACGGUGCUCGUGUCAAUGUCAAAGAUCGAGGCCGGUUGACGGCACUCCAUAUCGCGGUCAAUGGACAGUACAAGGACAUCAGCAAGUCUGAGCAUGGAGACACCCCGCUGAUUCGAGCCAUUCAAACGAACUCAAGGGAGAUCAUCCAGAUGCUGCUUGAGCACGGCGCGCGCGUGGACGAACUGCCCACCCCCUCAGGAGUCGCCUCUCUGAGAAGUUCUUCUGACCCGAUGGAAGAGAGGGUAGAAGAGCUACUGGGACUUCGAGAACAGAUCUUCCUCGCCCGGUACAAGCAGGCGUCGCGAAAGGUGUACCUCGUCAUGAAGGCCCUCGGCCUUUCCUUCCGCUUCCCCAUCUUUGUGGCCUUCGACCGCUGGGAGAAUAUGCCUGUGCUGCAGGAGGUCGCCAGGAGGCAAGCAUACCGUGAAUUCUUCGUCCAGCUGGUGGUUUCCAGGAAUCAGAAAGGGCUGCAGGCCAUGACCGACCUGCCGACGCAAGUGUUCCGGGAGGUCGCGCCCGGAGAUCUGCAGGCCCUUCUCGUGAUUGCAGUCCUCGUCGGCUCGGAGGCCAAGCUCGCAGCCGUCCGACACGGGUGGAGAGAAGGCGAUGCCAUCACCGCCAGAGCAUUCUCGCAUUGGGCCGCGAUCGCCUGCCAGAGAGGCGCCGAGGAAUCUUUACACUACGGCGUCCGCGACUUCUUGAACGACUUCGAUACCUCGAUCCGUAGCGGCAACCGGGAGGACAAUGUGGCGCGGACUGUGAAUGACGAGCCGCGGCCAAUCGAAUACUUCUCCGGGGUCAUCGCCGAGUUCUACGAAGGAUACAUCGGUGGCGCGCACGAAGUUGACUUGUUCAAUGACGCAAAUCAGGCAUGCGCCGGUGAAUUGGCCGGCAUCAGCCAAAACCGCGAUUCCACUAGAUUACUUCUCUUCCUGACAAGGACAGGACGGGAUCGCUUCCUCAAUUUACCCUCUGCGGCAUGCUUGAUUGUCUGCCAGGAGAAUGCCAUGUCUCAUCAGUGGCUGAUUGGCAAGGCGAUACCAGAGACGAUGGGUACCUUGAUUUCCAAGCAACCACCAGGAUUGCUUCGAAAGCGUGCGUGCAAAACCUUGGUGGAGUGCCUGAUCAUCGGGAAGCAACAUGGCUUGAUAUUGCAGGCGGCUGAAUUGAGACGAAGUGCGAAUGGAAGUCUGCAGUCUCUGCCCACCGACGUCCACGAGAUGGUAAGCCGGAUCAUCGACAUAUGA